UCACGGGUGGGCCCACCCCCGCCUGCCCGCCCGCCCCGCGCUUCUGGAAGUUUCUGACGCCGCUGUUCGGGGCGGCCAUGGGGCGGAGUCGGAGCCGGUCCCCGCGGAGGGAGCGCCGUCGGUCAAGAUCGACAUCCAGAGAAAGAGAAAGAGCCAGGAGGCGUGAGCGAUCCAGGUCACGAGAGAGAGAUAGAGAGCGCAGGAGGAGUCGUUCUAGAUCACCUCACAGAAGACGAUCAAGGUCUCCACGACGACCAAGGUCAAGUUCAACAUCUCCUUCAAGACAGAAAGAUCAGGAGGUGAAAGAACAUGAGAUCUCAGAAGCAGACAUGGAGGGUAAAACAGAAGAAGAGAUUGAAAUGUUAAAAGUGAUGGGAUUUGGUGCUUUUGAUACUUCAAAGGGAAAGAAAAUGGAUGGUUCUGUUAAUGCUUAUGCUGUUAAUGUACAGCAGAAAAGGAAAUAUCGACAGUACAUGAACAGAAAGGGUGGAUUUAACAGACCUCUGGAUUUCAUUGCAUAACCUAUUUUCGGCCUGGACUGCCUGAUGAUGACAUGUGAAGUUAUUAACACAGUAGUCACAACAGCAGUUAUCCUUCAUCAUAUGCUAUAAUUCCUAAGCAUAAUAUAUUUUUGCACAUCAGUGUAAAGCACUAGUUGUAGGCACGGUUUUCACACGUCAGUUCAAUUUUGACAAGAUUCUCCAAAUUCAUUUUCUAUAGAAAUCAGAACUGUUCAUUUAUAGUCUACAACUUCAGCAUUGAUCUGUUUGUCCUUGAACUGUACUUUUUAUUUCAGAUUUUCGACAUCAUGUUUUUUAUUAUUAUAAUAUUGAAGUUAUGAAAGCUUCCACCUUAAAACAAAAAUAAUCUUGUUCAGAAUAUUUUCAUUAUUAUUAGUGAACAUCCAAUUUAGACUAAACAAAUGUAAAUUGUGAACACGUAAAACACUGACUAAUGGGUUUGUAGGUAUCGUCACAUUAAUAUCUACUGCUAACUGCGUUCCACUUCUGCAUUACCGGAUAAAAGAUUCCUUUUGCCGACUAUUUCAUUGGUUUGUAUCAAUAACGAGCAUCUUGCAAAUUGAGUUAAAUGUACAGGGGUUUGUUACAAAUGCAGAUGCCAGACAUAGCCUUCAGUUUAACUGACACAUUUUUGACAUCUCAGUGACCCAUUAUGUAUGUAUGUAUUCCACGUUUUACUUAUCAAAAAUCCCUAUUUGUGACAUAGUAGAUGAUGGUAUCAAGCAAAGCACAACUAAAAUAGAAACCAAUAGCUUUGAUAACUAAAUAAAAUUCAGUGCUUGCAC